AUGGGAAGAGAGGGGGGGUAUCCUCUGGAUUCCGUUGGACUGCGCAUGCCGGAUGUUAAUAUGAAAAUUGAUGGCAGUGGUGAGAUUUGUAUCAAGUCGCCCGUUCUGUUUAAAAAAUACAUAUCCCCUCAUCCAGAUGCCACAAAUAACGCCUUUGUUCAGAGGGUUUCUUUAAAACGGGAGAUCUUGGAAGAAUUGAAGAUGACGUCGUAUACCUCCUCGGACGAGCGUCUCAAGAUGUUAUCCGAUACUAUUUAUGGAGGAUAUAUGCGCCCGAAGUCGAGAUCGCGCUCUCCCAGAUCGACGACAUUGCCUAUGCGAUUGUCCUUGGCGUCGAAGACUCGGACUGUGGACAGCGUGCUGCUGCAGUGGUGGUAUAUCGGCAACAAGAUCAGACAGGUCGUUGGCAGUUUCGCUGAGAUUCCCGUUACGGAGGCAGGGAAGCCGAUAAAGAAUAAGAUUCGAGAACUGUAUUUCAGUCAAAUGGCGAUCGAGAGUGGUGAAGUAAACGUUUGGACCUCGGAACCGCCAGAAAGUAGCAUUGGAGCUAGGCCGUUUGAUUGGGGUGGGCUGCAGCGUUAA